CAGAAACGACCGAGACUAACUAUGCAAUUAGGGAAAAUGGCCUUCAGAAAUGUCAGACUGAUUUAUGAGCAGUAGGUAGAAAAGAGUUGCCGGUGUGUUUACGAUUAAAAGAAUAAGACGUGGGACUUCUUUUUAGGGGCUCACGAAUUCUGUCGGCCUCUGAUUGACUAGUGUGAUAAAAUGAUCCAUCUUCUACAGUAGGUAAGCAGGCAUUUGAUAAUCCCAAAGUUGACUGUGGAAAGAAUAUCGUAACAUGACAUCUACAAUAGAAGAAAAAGAGCUGCAAGAGAGACUGAGAGAAGCUGCUGCUUUGGGAGAUAUUGAAGAAGUUCAGCGAUUGGUGGAUUUUGGAGUGAGUGUGAACUCUCAGAAUGAAAUCAACGGCUGGACUUGCUUGCACUGGGCCUGCAAACGAAACCAUGCUCAGGUGGUGUCGUACCUGAUAGAUGCUGGCGCAGAUAAAGACAUUCUCACUGUUAAAGAAGAAAAAGCAGUCCAGUUAACAUCCAAAAGGGAAAUUAGGAAGAUGUUGGGAGUGGAAGACGAUGAUGAGCUUCUGGAUGUGAAGAAAGAUUCUGCCUUGCCAAUUAUCCCAAAUUACUUAUCUAACCCGCCUUUUCCUUAUGUUUAUAACUCCAUGAGUAAUAGCACUACGAGCACCUCAGCUUCCUCUUUGAAUGGAAGACUUUCUCCUUCUUUACAGCAACACAACCUGGACUCUCCAGUUUCUUUGCCUCAAGUACAAACAUCUGGCACUGCAAUGUUGCAACAUGGAAAGCCUUCUCCUGUAGGAUGUGAUGGAGAUGUGACAAAGGCAAUUGCUAUAGAAUGCCUGGAGCCUGUAGUUCAGAAUGGUCAUGUUCACCAGCUCUCUGUUCCUCCAAGUAGGACACACUGUUCCCCAGCUGGAUCUAUACAACCAGAAACUCAGCAAUCCAGUGGCCCUUAUACAGGAGCUGUCCCAACGUUUCAGCCCUUCUUCUUUACCGGAGCAAUUCCCUUCAAUAAUAUGCAAGAACUAGUACUUAAGGUCAGAAUUCAAAAUCGUACCCUGAAGGAGAAUGACUUCAUUGAAAUUGAAUUGGAUCGACAAGAACUGACUUACAAAGAACUGCUUAGGGUGAGCUGCUGUGAAUUGGGAGUUAACCCCGAACAUGUGGAGAAAAUCAGAAAGCUUCCAAAUACUGUGUUAAGAAAGGACAAGGAUAUCUCAAGGCUUCAAGAUUUCCAAGAACUGGAGCUUGUUCUGAUGAUGAGUGAUAAUGACUUUAUGUUUAAAAAUGCAGCACCAACACUGACUGAAAGGCCUUGUUAUAACAAGAAAGCAUCAAAACUAACUUACUAAUUGUUGAAUUAAAAGUUUCAUUCUGGUAUUUAACUGUUAAACCCAGGACGCUCUAAGGGCUAUAACAUUAACUUCUACUGUACCUUGAAAAGUAGAAUUAAGUGACUGAGCAUAUGUCUUUGAAAACAAGAUCAGUUGAAACAGUUGGACUUGUUUCUAGUUUAAUAUGCUAAAGAUGAUGAUGUCACAUUUGUGGUGACUGCAUUUCAUAAACUGAUAAGUGUAACAAUAUUCUGAAAUGGGAUAUUAAACAGAACAUUGUCUUUUUCCAUGAAUGAUCUUUCUUGAAAGGAAAUUGUUUCUUCUUGGAAUACAACAAAAUAAUAAGUUCUCAGGGAAAUAAAUAAAUUGUUCUAAUAAUUGCUACUUAGUAAAAAGGAGGCGCAAUACAUUGAAAGACCAAACUUGGAAUGCAUUUAAUGCUGGUAACAGGAUAUUUCAAAUGCAGUUGUCUAACUUGAUUUGAAUGUGCAAUUUGAGAAACUGAGAUACUUUUACAGGAAGGAGCAAGGAGAAAUGUGGACUGGCCUAUUGAAUCAAAAUUAAUCUUAACAGUAAUCACACGAAUACACAUUCACAUUCUUUGGCAACAGCACCUUGCAAAUAUGUAAGUGGGAUGUGUCCUGCCCUUGCUGAUGGCAAGAGGAGCAGCCAGUGCUGUUAGAGGCAAGCUGUGAUCCCAGAGGAAAACCUGUUUUGCUAACUUUACUCUUCCUGUUGGGAUAAAGCAUCAGAGAGCAUCUGUAAGAGACAGAGGGCUGUACAAUUUGGAAAUGGAAGAAGUGGAUCCUUCCACUUGUUGAUACACUGCAACAUAGAAUGCUGCCAAUGUUCUUAGGAAACUUUGUAUUUCAGAGAGAAGUACAUUGACUGGUUUAAAAAUCUAGUCAAAUAGUUAAAUCAGCUGUGAUUUCUUUGAAAUGGUGCUCAGAUAAAAUAUUCUUUACUGUAUUAAUCCAGACUUUAAAUAUAGUGUUAACCAAAACUCUGUGUAUGUAUGUAUAACCAAGAACUGCUUGGCAGUAAAUAAUGCAGAAUGUUUGGUACUGUUUGGACUGAUUUUCCUUCUUUGCUUUCCUCCUCUCUAUUUAUGCCUGAGAGAUUUCCUGAGGAACGAUCAGGAUGUCCACUCCGUAGCCUGAUUUCACAGACAAAAUUAGCACAAGUUCCUUCCGCCUCUCCUUUUUAUCCUAUUUAUCCUCAGGUUCUUUAAAACUGUCACCUAUUUAAAGGAAAGCUUGUAGCAUCUUAGAUAGCAGAAAUAUUUUAAUAGCAAGAUAAAUAAUAUUAAAUCUUGGAAUUUCUAUGCAUUUUUGACAGUGUUGCUUGCAUUUCAUAUAGGUAUGUCUAAGCUUUUCAUCAUCUUGCUAGUUCAAUUUCUAUAUCAAUAUUCUGAUGCCAAAUCCUAGAAUAAACAGUAUGGAAAAGCAUGGGACAUGGUACUACUCUUAAGAAUAAAUUAUUAACCUAGUUUUAGGAUUCUGUGUAACUAGUGGAUUGAUAUCAAUUCAUUUAUCUAUAGUCCAAUGACUACAUGCUAUAAUAUAGAUGGACUAUGUAGCUAUCUAGGCAGUUAGGAUUUAACAGAUGUAUUUAAUUGCUAAUUUCAGUUGUUAAUGUCAAUGUUCCUUGUUUACAGAUUCAGGAAUGUGUUCACAAGUGCUGUGAACCUAAAUUUGAGCCAUUGGUUUCUGAACAAAAUCUGACCCAGUACUAGAGAAGGCAGAUCUGAAAGAAGUAACUUUUGUAAUGCUUUUAGAAUACCCAAUGGAAAAAAAAAAUGCCAGAAUUAUCUAUCCAAGUUUUGAGUUGUGAUCACAUUUGCAGGGCUUUAAAUCACAAAUUUGGAAAAUUGAUUCAGUCCAUUUCUUCAGAGUAGGAAGAGUUAUACUGUGAGGUCUGCAGGAGGAAAUUUAAACCAUGAAGUUCUUCUGCUCCUGCUUAGCUAUCUCAGUCUUCCAGUUCUAUCCCCUCCACGCUACCUUAAAAAAGGAGUGGGGAGGAAGAGUGCCUUGGAGAAGGGAAGGUAGAGAUUCUUAUGUCUUGUCUACCUGCCACCCCCCACAAUUGCUUUUGAGAAGCAGAGCCAGAAAGAACUUUGUGGAUCUAGGUUUCUUCCAUUAAGUGGGGAGCUGGAUGGUCUAUAGGACCAUAGCCCUCUGUUCUGUGCCGACUGCUUUCGUUUACUUCUGCCUGAAUCUAACUUGCUGGUAAAACUGAUUGAACAGGUUUGAUAGCAGUGUUUUUCAACCUUAGCAACAUUAAGAUAGGUGGACUUCAACUCCCAGAAUUCCCCAGCCAGCAUUCUGGGAGUUGGUCUACCUAUCUGAAAAUUGCUAAGGUUGAGCAACACUGUUUUAUAGAAUCAAUUCUUGGAAAUCUACAGGGGCAAAAUGUGUUCAGUGUCACUUUUCUCCUUUUAGAUCCUAGAAGGAGCAGUCUGGAAAGGAGAGCUCCUCUGUGUACUUAGGUACAGUGUUUUCUCAAACAGCCCAUUUAUAUAUCAUUAUGAAGAGGCUUGCUCAGCUUGAUUUACCAGGGGAGAAAGGUAGCUGUCUAGUAGUAGCUUAAGACUUUUUCUAAUCCUGGGCAGGGUUUUUAAAGAAGUUGAAGUUCUUGAAUUCUGCAUUUUCAUCUCCUCCUUUCAUGCUUUUGACAAAUGUAUUGAAGGAAAAAUAUCAUUUACCUUCAUUGGCCCAUAUUGGUCACACGAUCCAUUUAAGAUGGGGCUGAAAAAGGUAGGUAAUCCACAGGCUGAUGUUCCUUCCUCCAUCACUGAGAUCACAUUGCCUUCUAGUACCAAAAUGAUCAAAUUUCAGUGACACAGUUUUUUCUUCCUUCAAAAUGGGAAUGGGAUAGGGAAAUCCAUUUCCAUUCCUAAGACUACCCCAAACCCUAAAAAGCCAGCCAAAAUCAUAAGUGGGGGAGGCAGAGUUUGCAGCUUUCCCAAAUAUUGCCCACCUCUGCUUUCAAAAUGGCAUCAAAGAAUCACAGUGAUUGAUAACACUUGAUGAUUAAUUAUAUCUUUAAAACCUGAGGGGUCUUUUAUGAAGGCAGCUUAAAGUUGAUGAACAAUCAGUCUAUAUAAACAACUUUUGAUUUUAAGUAACUCCCUUUGGAAUUGCUUUAAUGUUGGAAGUGUAGGCUAGAAAUUUUAUAAAGAAAGUAGUAAGACAUGGUUUGGUUAGAUUAAAGAUAAUGAACAGUAUUUGGAAUGCCAGUUUGAUACUAUAUUAAAAUGGAUAGAUCAUAUAGGCAAAGCAUUUUUUACUAAAAUGUUUAACCGCUAAACCAUUUAAAUAGUUCUGGGAUGACUUUCUGAAUUUAUUUCUACAUGCUUCAAAGAGGUAGCCAGAUUGAAAGAGAUCCAUAUUUAACUCUAGAAUAGGUCAUAAUUUAAACAAUAACAGGGUCUUUGAUUUUCCUGGGAACUGGAGUUUGCAGCUUCACAGAGAAAACCAACUGAUUUGUGACAAUCGGAGAUGGUUAUUGAGGGUGCAUAGCUGAAGUAUCCUUCAGCUUCGUGUUUGUGUAGAGCAGUAUUGUCUCAAGGUUACAACUUCUGAUGUAAGUAUUCCCGAGUCUUGAUUCAAUAAACAAAGAUGCUGUCUUUAGAUAUUUUGUCAGCUUAAAUAUCCAUCUGCCUAAUUCAGGACCUAAUAAACUGACAUAUUCAAUACCAACUGAGUUUGGAGCCCCUGCCAUCUCUUAGAACAGAAAACACUUCACAUCAGUGAAAUACUUGAUGGCAAUAGGUCCAUUUUUUUGAUACAGCCUAAAUGUUGGAGAUUAAGCCAUAUUCUAUCAUGAUGACUGCAAGGAUUUAAUCCUCCUAAAUCACAGAUAAAUGAAAGGGAACUACUGCCAUUGAUCAAGUUUGCAAUGGACAUAUUAGGACUUAAAACAGUUUUAACUGUCCAGUUCUGUUGAAGUUUAAAAGGCUCAGGACUUAAUCCUGGAAAGUGUAAAACAUGCAGGAGCCCAACUAAAAUCAGAGUUUAUUAAGGGCUGCAGUUUGAAAUCUGGGAAGAUAAAUACACUGUUUCAGAUAUAAAAUUUGGCUUACAAAUUUCAGCAUUUUUAGGAGGAAAUGACUAAAAGAGGCCACAAUCUAGGAUGGAAUCAGCAUGCUUAAAAAUGUCCCAUUAUGUUUGGAAAGUGUUGGAAGUGUAUUAGGCUUCUCAUUUACAAGCAGGUAUCAACAUCAAUUGCUGAAUAAUCAUUGUUUUAAUAAAUACAUUACAAAUCCACUGAUCAUAAUGCACAGUUGCUGACAUCUUUCUAUGCACUCAGAGAAAUAUUUUUAUAUUGUAUAACUUCUGCAAUUUAUAACAGAUGAUUUUAUUAGCUUUGCUAACCAAAAUAUUAAUUAAUCUAUUGAGUAAUUCUUGACAUCAGUGGAUAUAAAGAAUUCAGGACUUCCUGCAUUGUUACAUGAAUAACUUGGUUAAAAUAAAGGAUUACCUACAUGUUUUAGGUCUAAUAUUAUUUCUUAUGGGUUGUAUCCUUUUUACAGUUAAUAAAAUGUUAUU